AUGGCCUCUCUCUUUGUAGAAGCACACUCGCUCUCGGAUAUAACUCAGUUAGCGUCGAACCCUCCACGAUAUCCUCGAAAUCCAACUGCGCAGAAGCGAUCACCUUUAACUCUUUAUAUUGCUCGAGUACCUGGGACGAGAGAUAUUAUUCUCACUACACUCAAGCCGCAACUUAAGAAUGUGACCGCUCAGGAUGUCGCAAGCUCUUUAUACUACCUGCAUUUCAAUACAGCAGAUGAUUUGCGAAUUUCAGAGGAAGUUCGGACAAGCUUGCCUCCGGAUCCAGCAGAGCUUGCGAGGAGCACAUCUCUCCAUAAGCCUCUUUCUCGGAAACCUCUUCCCGAGUCAGCUCGAGCUUCUCUGGAAGUAUCUCAAGCUGAUUUAGCUUCGGGAGGAGUCAAUGCCCGUACUCACACUACGUCUAAAUCACCCCUCACCAACAUCUCUACCCAGCAUUCUAUACGCCGGCGACCAGUGGGUCCUCGCUUGCCGAUAUCCAAUUCAGGUGCCACAAGUGACUCGGUGCCUCAAGCUGAAGAUGAAGCAUCACUACCUUCACAAAACCUAGGACGAUCAGCUAAAGUCAGCAGCGAUUCAAGCAGAAGCAUGGAGCUCGGAGUAUCCGAGCAGUCAGCCAACUACGGUGGGAGAAACCCCAUCGAUGACUUCUCGAUAACGAUUAUACGGCGAGAUCCGACUUCUGGAGCUCAGUGGAAUAUUGGAGAAGUGAGUGGACGUCCUGCUGUAGGACUCAAACCUGACAGCGGGUCAAGGUCUCCUCCAAAGACGAAGAAACCAUAUUUUGAUAUCUCUGUCGACAUCACAUCUCCAGGCUAUGCACCUUUUCGGGCAUCACACACAAACUCACAACCAACAGACGGCACAACAAGCGCCAAACUACCCGACAAACAAUCCUUCAUUGCCGAUCAAAUUAAGGCAGAUCAGCAGCGAGGGUCCACUUUGAGUUCCAGCUUCCAUCGGCAGGUUAGCAUGGAAGGGUCUGGAUUCUGGGCGCGGUCUGCGAUGCAACACAAAAGGACAGCUUCGGACCUCGCAUUGAAAAGUGCGACUCGGGUGCAAGAUGAAAGUAGCACCUCCACGACCGGGAUGCCUGAAGGUACUACCAGAACAUCCCAUACAAGGCAUUCUUCAGACGAAUCAGACGAAAAGGGUUACAUGUUUACAAGUCUGUGGGGAGGCCGUUGUAAGUUCACAACUGGUUCGGGAGGUCGAAGUCUGCGAUGUAAACACAUUUUAGCAAACAAUACGUCCACAAGUCAUGCUUAUGAAUCUAUGGCUGCUGCCCCCCCACCCGCACCUGUAAGCGAGCUUCGCUUCAAUCUUCCAUCCUCUGAUAUAUUUGCCUCCUUCGUAGCCCACACGAAGGAGCAAGGUACAAAGCAUUUUCGCGUUCCAAAAUUCAGCCAUAUACGCAAUAAGUUAUCCUCGGAGAAUUCGCCAGCUCUACCACCUAGGCCACCCAAUUCUUCUCGCUAUUUCACGGAUUCGGAAGAUCCGCAAGAUCGACCCCCUUUAUCACCACGAUCGAAUUACUCUUCGUUUGCUGAUAAUCUAAAUGGGGAGGACGACGAUUAUGAUGUCCGUCACAAGUCUCACCCAGGGCACGAUGAAGAUGAUGGCCGGCUGGAUCUGAGUCUUGGCCAAGAGAAGGCAGGAGGUGGAAACCGGGGUAAGAGAGCAAAACUAGGAAAGCUUGUUAUCCACGACGAGGGAUUCAAAAUGCUCGAUCUUGUUGUUGCAGCCAACAUGGGUGUUUGGUGGAGCGUGUGGGAAGCUGAUUUUCGGUGA